AUGGGAGUAUCUGUAGAAUCAUGGCUGGAAGUGCUAGAACAGCGAACCAACGUUGACGUCGACUACAUGGACCCAGCAUUCACGCUGAGUGUCCAGCCCUUCCAAUUCAAUGACAUGACCAGCAACCAGACCUUUGUCCAUGAGCAAAUGUGCCACCCGGACAACGCCAGCCUACUCAGAGACGUCGUUUCGCAAUACAAAACCUCCGGCUGGCUGGCAAUCUACACUCACAUGGCCGUCCUGAUGUGCAAGGCGAACAUUUCCAACAUCAAAGGCCGAGUGCUCCUCCAGACUCUCCCGACAUAUGCAUACAACUGCGUGAAAACAGUGGAACACGCCCGCGCCUAUGCGCGAGAGUUCGAGGCGGUAGGCAUAAGCAAAGACCGGUUCUGCAUCAAGAUUCCAGCCACGGGGCCUGGGCUGCGCGCAUGUCAGAUCCUAGCGCAAGACGGGAUCCGGACGCUCGGCACGGCGGUGUUCAGUGUCCAUCAGGCCAUCGCUGCAAGCCAAGCGGGGUGCUUGUAUAUCAGCCCCUAUUACAAUGAGCCUUUGGCACACGUCGACCGGUCGAUUUGGCCGCAAUCUGAUGACCCAGCCUUGCUCCACCCGUUUUCGCCACGUCUAAUACAGAUCCUGGAUACGUACAAGCGUCUGUACAAGGAGACCGGCCGAGAGCAGCCUUUGGUCAAGCUGGCCGGCUUCCUGUCGACCUCCGAGGCCAUGGCAGCAAGUGAAAUCGGAUGCCAUUCGGCAACGAUCUCACACCAGGUACUGAAGGAGCUCUGGGCGCUGCGUUAUGUCAGUUCCAAGCAGCCUGGAGAAGGCGUUCCCAAGCCCGCCCAUCCCUACGCGAACGCGCUGCCGAGUCCUGCCCGCCUCGCACAGCUUGCUGGGUUGGAUCCUCUGGCACCAGCCACAUGGAACGGCGAACUGGCAAGCGCCGAUGUGGAUUAUUUGGCGAAUAAUGGCGAGAAUCUAGACGCGGCAAACAACGCGGACCCGGAAACUAAACGGCGAAUCGCAGACGCACUAGAAGGUUUCGUGAAGGCAGAAAAGCGGAGCCAGUCUAAGAUCCAGGGAUUAAUGGAGGGACUCUAA